UUGUCCUCCGUGAAUUUUCCAACAGACCCAACAGAGGAUUAAAUGAGCUGUUUCCCAGGAUGAUGGAGCGGAGUCAGUCGUCACAAGGACAGCAUGAUGCUAUCACCUGGUUCACAGAGUCCCAGCGCCGGCUUGUGAUCAGGAACGGCAUCAUCCCAGAAUGGUUUCAUGGGAUCAUUUCCAGGAAUGUGGCAGAGGAACUGCUAAUGUCCAAGCCUUCUGGCUACUUCCUCAUCAGAGUCAGUGAGAGCAGGAUUGGCUACUCUCUCUCUUACCGUGCUGAGGACCACUGCAGACAUUUCAUGAUCGAUGCAGUGGAGGACGGCCAUUACAUCAUACUAGGGGAGAACAGGAGUCACCGUAGUCUGCAGGAUAUGGUGGACUUUCACAGACGGACUCCCAUCAUGCCUUUCAGUGUGGUGCUGACUGUCCCUUGUGAACAGACAUCGAAUGACAAGAGUGACUAUGCAGAUUUGCUGUUUCCCCAAAGACAUCCUAACCCUAACACAAGCUGGUUGCCAACCAACCCGCUGCAUCCCAGCAUAGGUCACCCAACAUCACAAGAACAAAUCCCACCUGCCCUUCCUUAUCGACCUAAUGACUUGAAGAACGCGGCAGUCCGGUAUCCGAACAACCUUUACCCUAAUUUGGAAGCCGAAAUUCCACGUGUCCUCUUCCCUCUCCCAGUCCUGCCUGCGACCAGAAAUAGAUGCACAGCCAACAACCCUCCAUCCAACCAGCCUCCUCAGGUCCCUGCUCGGACCUCUGUUCCUCCACUGAAGCAGCACCAGGCUUGUAUCAAAACGGUCUCUGAGAGUCCCCACACACCUACAGCCACUGAGCACCCCCUCAGCGGCAACAUCCAGUUCGCAAAGAACCAGGAGGCAAAGAUGUCAGUCGUCUCCAACCUGAAGAACCUCAAGAAGAAGUUCCAAAAGAAGAGAAGCACGUCGCACAAGUACGCAGAGGUUAACAUGGAGGCGACUGAAAGGAGUGGAAACGCUGGCAAUGAGUACCAGUACAUCACAGGGCAGCAGACCGCCAAUGCUCCACCAUUAUCCUACACCUGCACUGAUGUGAGACUGACUGAUGGAGAGUUACCUUAUGAAUACCUUCCACCUCCACCUUUCGCUCCAGGCUUCUGAUACACUACUGCGACUUUAGAAAAAUAUUGUACAGAUGGAUCAAACGCUAAGUGGGUGCAGGACAAAAGCAUCGUACAAUUUAAAAAGGAGCUUGUUUCAGUCUUUAAGUACACGAUUAUGAAGGAUAAGGUAACGAAAAGGAUUAUAAAGGUUAAACUGUUGUCCCCGCGUGACUGUAAUUAGUGCCAAUUUUGAGUGCUUCCUCUUUUAUUUAUUUGCUAGUUUAUUCAACAGAUAAAUAUUGUUACAUAAGGAGAAGUAAUGUAAAUGUACUCUAUGUAAGCAACAGCUAGCCUCUUCUUUUGAAUUCAGGUUAAAUGUUUAUAUAUAUAUGCCUCUCUGGUAGCUACUGUAAUGUAUGAAGAGGCAGCAGGAGGAAGUUUGAUGCAGAGCUGGUAAAUCAGAAAUGACAUGGUUUAUGUCAGCUGCUUUGAAUACAGGAAACUUAGCAUCAGGUGCAGAUCUGUUAUCUGCAACAUGACAGGAAGAAACUGCUGGUUAAACUUUUUUCAGAAAUAAUACAGGUGAGUAAACGUAAUUUCAGGCUGCCUUCAAACAUCUGGCCGGGGACAGCAGAUGAAAACUAGCCUCUCUGGCUAACUCCGGCUCACUUACAGUUUGACUGUUGAUUGGAAAUAAGUUUACUUUUGCAAGGGGUAAACACGUUUCAUUUUUACUGCAAAUGGCUUUGUCAGACCCUUGUUAUCAUUAUUACGAAGCAUCUAGAGACCAUUUGCUCUCAAUAAUAUUUCAUAUUUGUACAACUCGAUAAUAUAUCUGUACAAAGCAUCUCAUUUUGUUACAGCUAUUAAAUCACCUUUGAACAAUCUGUUAUGGCUGUUUUGCAGUCCCUGUUUUAUGGCCUUUAAUGAUCCGUCUGUCUGCAGUGUAAAACGAGAGGCUUGUGAUUUUGACU